GUCGAUUAUUUAACAAGGAACGAAAUGGAUUGUAGAAUUUCUCUUUGUCAUGAUUCCAGAGAAUUUCUGCUUAUUUGGUUUCUUCUCUAAAUGACAGCCUAUGGUUCCUGGAACUUCCCUAAUGUGACAGUUGCGGCUGCUCAUGUGUCUUCAGUUUACUUUGAUGUUGAAAAAUCUCUAGAAAAGCUUGAAGCUUAUGCUAUCCAAGCAGCUAGACAAGGGGCAGCGUUGAUAGCUUUCGGAGAAUCGUUUCUUCCAGGUUUUCCGGUAUGGAAUUUAGUUUUAUCUCCACUGGAUCAGCACGAGCUUUUCAAAAAACUUUAUGAAACUUCUGUGGAAGUACCAAGUGAUAUUACCGAAAAGAUUGCGAGGAUAGCCAGAGAAAACAGAAUUCAUAUUUCUGUUGGAAUUACGGAAAGAAGUAAACACAGUUUAGGAACUUUAUGGAACAGCAAUCUUAUAUUUGACGACAAGGGAAUUCUUAAACGGAAGCAUAGGAAACUCGUUCCGACUUUUGCCGAGAAGCUGACUUGGUCAAAUGGAGAUGGAAGUGGUCUCGAAGUGUUAGCGACCAACCAACUGGGUAGAGUAGGUGCCCUCAUUUGUGGUGAAAAUACCAACACGUUGGCACGUUUCAGUCUUAUUGCACAAGGAGAACAAAUACACAUUUCCACAUAUCCUCCUUGUUGGCCAAUAACUAGAAAGAGUAGUACCAAUUAUUCAUUAGAUGAAGCAAUACGUAUUCGUGCUGCAGCACAUGCUUUUGAAGGGAAACUAUUUAAUAUUGUUGCUUGCUGUUGCAAAGAUCAGAGUUUGAUAGACAUUGUUUCAGAGUAUGAUACUUCUGCGCGAAACGUUUUGGAGUUUUCAUCUCCCUCCAUUUCGAUGAUAGUAGGUCCUCAAGGAGAGAUUAUUGGUGAACCACUCAGUAAGGAAGAAGGUUUGGUGGUAGCAGAAAUCAACUUGAGUCAAGGAAUUUUUUGGAAGAAGAUACAUGAUAUAACUGGAGGAUACAAUAGAUUCGAUGUCUUCCAUUUGUCAGUGAAUUUUUCUUCCGAAGAACCAAUUGAUGACUCCCAAAGAAAAGUUCAUUUGUCAACUUCACAAUCCAAUUCAAAUCAUUCCACAGAGAUUGAAGACCAAGUCGAAAAGGAUGUGAGAUCACAUAUGCCUUUGGUGUGAAAUGCUAUAUUGGAUCGCCUUCAUCUUAUAAAUACUUUGCAGUUAAUAAUAGGUUGUAGGGUUUCAUUUGAAACUUUUUGAAAUAUACCUUUGAUAAUACAAUAUCUCUCUCUGCUCACCUUCAAAAGUUAUAGUUUCUUAUUACUCAGUAAAGAAUAUAUAAUGCUUGAAAUAAAUACCAGCAUGCUUAGGCUUUACAGCAUUUCAUUUGAGGAACUUCAUUUCUCAUGUCUAUCGUGAUGUUGUUUGAAACCAUAAUUCUAAAUGUACACAAUAGAAUAUUUAGGCUCCUUUGACUUGAAUGUGAUUUAGUAUCUAUAUUUUCAGUGUUUCAAUAAACUUUAGCUGAAAGCA